CGGAGAAGCCGCCUACCAGCCCCAGCGUCCUCCCGCCUCCGACUCUGCAGGCCCCGCGCUCCCCGGCCUCUCCACGGGAAGCGCGGGUGGCGCGGGCGGCUCUCUAGAGCCCGUGGGCGCCUGGCGGGGCGGUGGCCGAGCCUCGGCCGUCUUGCCCGGCAGAGGUGGGAGGCGGGAGGGGGAGUCCCGCAGAUCCGGCCUCACGGCAGCCUCGUAACCUUCCCGCCGGUUCUAGGCCUGCUCCAGGGGCAUCCUUACUUAUCCUGCCUGCAUAAUCAUCUCCCUCUAGGGCCCUCUUUUUCCCUCCCUCACUGCCCGUCGAAGGCCUAGACUUAGUGAGGGUGGCAAAAAGGGCUGUACCUUGGGGGAGUAAGAUAUGUAUUUUCUCUGAAUUCUGGUUGCCGCUAAGGGCCUGCGAUUCUCUACAGGGGACCCAGGAUACAGCACUGGCCAGGCCCGGGUGGGGACCCACCUGACAGUGGUCACUGCUGCCUUAGCCUUGCUGCCCUCACGGCCUGGGGCUUCGGCCCUCAAGCCGAUUUGAGAGCCAAAAGCUCCCUUAGGAAGCCCGCUUCUCAUUCUGACCUCCCAGAGAGAUGCCUGGGGAGGGGCCAAGUUUAUAUACUGGGGUUGGGGUGGGGUCCUGUGCCCACUCCUCUUGUCCCUGCAGUCCAUCCUUCCGGUUCCUGUCUAUUCGAGCUUCCAGUCGCAUCAUGCUUCCUCUUACGGCCCCACAGGCUCAUUCAGCCCCGGUUUUUCCUGCCUCAUGCCUUUUGCACACGUUGUUCCUGCUGCCUGCAGUGCCCUCCCCACCUCCAUUACCUUAGCCAAGUUAGCACCUAGGGGAAGUGACCCAUCAGACUAAGUCAGAAUUUCCUCGUUUAAGUGCUUUCAGAGUUUCUUGUGCUUCGGUGCUAUUAUCACAGCUGUAAUUUUACAUUUGUUUUUGUGGUCACUUAACUCUCUUCUCCAGUAGACUGCUCCGUGAACGCAAAGUCUGUGUGUACUGUUCACUACUGCAUCCCCAUUGCUUGGUUGAGCACCUGGCACCCGUGGCAACCACCCAUUACAUGUUUGUGGAGUGAUUCAUACAUACUACACACUCUGAAAGAUGAAUGGAGCUUCGGGGGGCAGGUACUCAGGUGCCAUGGCGACUUUGGCCCCGCCCCAAGUCCCUGCCAGAGAACACCUGGGGUUGGAGCAGGUCUCUGGGCCGGGACACGCGGAUCCCCACCCACGCAGACGCAUGGAGGCUGUGACGUUUGGUGAUGUGGCUGUGCACUUCUCACGGGAGGAAUGGCAGUGUCUGGACCCUGGCCAGAGGGCCCUCUACAAGGAGGUGAUGCUCGAGAACCACAGCAGUGUGGCCGGACUAGGAUUCCUGGUCUUCAAGCCUGAGCUGAUCUCCCGGCUGGAACAGGGGCAGGAGCCAUGGGUCCUCGACCUGCAAGGAGCGGAGGGGAGAGAGGCAGCCAGGACCUCCCAGGCAGAUUCUACAAUCGGGACCGAGAGUGAGCAGGCCUGUGAAGACAUUGACCGUCUAAAAUCAGAAUCCCAUGUGGUCAUGGUCAAAACCCCGUCCCAGGACUUUCCCCAGAGUCCUGGCUUUGGAGACACCUCUGAUCCCGAGGUCUGUUCAGAGAUUCAGCCAACCUCCCUCUUCCAGAAAAACUGCUUGAAUAUAGGGACUGUGGCUCCCAGGGAGACCUUCGCUGAGGACGAGGCCCAGGGGUGUGGCGAGAGGGGGAGCGGUGGCCGCCUGGGUUGUCGACGUGAUCAAAGUCAGGGGUCCUUGCGAAGAUGUGACAUCUGUGGUAGGAGUUUCCGAUCUACUUCAGAUGUCUCUCUGCAUCAGGCAAUUAAUACACAGAAGAGACCUAACAGCUGCCAGGAGUGCCAGAAAAAAUUACCUGAUUGCUUACAGGGGAGACAUCUGAGUACCUUGCAUGGCGAGAAGCCAUAUGAGUGUGAGGAGUGUGGGAAGGUCUUCAGGUUGUGCUCACAGCUUACUCAGCAUCAGAGGAUCCAUACUGGAGAGAAGCCGUUUAAAUGCACCGAGUGUGGGAAGGCCUUUCGUCUGAGCUCGAAACUCAUUCAGCAUCAAAGGAUUCACACUGGGGAGAAGCCCUACAGGUGUGAGGAAUGUGGAAAAGCCUUUGGUCAGAGCUCUAGCCUCAUCCACCAUCAGAGGGUCCACACGGGAGAGAGGCCCUAUGGCUGCCGGGAGUGCGGGAAGGCCUUCAGCCAGCAGUCUCAGCUGGCCAGGCACCAGAGGACCCACACGGGAGAGAGGCCCUACCCAUGCCAGGAGUGUGGGAAGGCCUUCAGCCAGAGCUCAACCCUAGCUCAGCACCAGCGGAUGCACGCUGGGGAGAAACUUCAGCUCCCAAGAGCCCCGGAUAGUCCCAGCCUGGUUGCACAUCAGAGGUUGCAUGCUACCGAGAAACCGUUUAAGUGUGACGAGUGUGGGAAGGCUUUCCGGUGGGUCUCCCGCCUUAGUCAGCAUCAGCUGACGCAUACUGGAGAGAAACCUUAUAAAUGCAACAAGUGUUCAAAAGCCUUUGGUUGCAGCUCACGGCUUAUUCGCCACCAGAGAACUCACACUGGAGAAAAACCAUUUAAGUGUGAUGAAUGUGGGAAAGGCUUUGUCCAGGGCUCACACCUAAUUCAGCAUCAGAGAAUUCACACUGGAGAGAAGCCCUAUGAGUGCAGUGACUGUGGGAAGGCCUUCAGCCAGAGCUCAAGCCUCAUUUACCAUCAGAGGAUCCAUAAAGGGGAGAAGCCCUACGAGUGCCUCGAAUGUGGAAAAGCCUUCAGUAUGAGCACACAGCUCACAAUACACCAGCGGGUGCACACGGGGGAGAGGCCCUAUAAGUGCAGUGAAUGUGGGAAAGCCUUCAGUCAGAACUCCACCCUUUUCCAGCACCAGAUCAUUCACGCUGGGGUGAAGCCCUAUGGAUGCAGCGAGUGUGGGAAAGCCUUCAGCCGGAGCUCGUACCUCAUCGAGCACCAGAGGAUCCACACUCGAGCCCAGUGGUACCACGAGUAUGGGAAUACUCUGGAAGCUUCUACCCACGUGAGCCGUAAGAAAGUUAAUACUGUAAAGAAACUUCAUAAAUGUAAUGAAUGUGAAAAAAUAUUCAGAUGGCGCUCGCAUCUAAUUAUACACCAGAGAAUUCACACUGGAGAGAAACCUUAUAAAUGUAAUGAAUGUGGCAAAGCUUUUAAUAGGAGCUCAAGGCUUACUCAGCAUCAGAAAAUUCACAUGGGAUAGACCACUCACCUUUACGAAUGUGUAUAAAUGUGAAUAAACCUACAGCCUUAACUUAUUAUGGGAUCAUUUAUACUGACGAUUUAGAAUGUUGUGAAAGAUUCAGAAUUGCUCUCUUAGGAGAGAGAGCAUCCAGAUUCACAUGAGGUGUAUGUUUAUUUGCUGGCACGUUUGACCUUCAGUAAAGCCUAUGUCCCUCACAUCA